UAACGAAAAUGGCAGACAAUAGUUAAGAAAGGUCGACUGUUUGUAUUUCUUUAUAUUUUCAGUUGUAAAUCAUUAGGUUAUAAAGUAGACAUGGCACACAAUUACAACCAUAAUCAAAUUCACAAUUCAGGGCCUUCAAAUCAAACUUUUUAUUGCCAAACAUUCGGGAAACAAGAGGGAAACCGGCCCGAGUUAGUUCACCAAGGGAGACAACCCUUCACUCGAUCUCCAAUAGUGCCCACCAUGCCUAAUAAUAACUUUGGCUUUAAUAACGUGUUCAGACACCCAGUUCCACAUUCACAAUCUGCAAGCAGUGAACACCAGCCAUCUGUGGGUGACAAGAGACAUCAAUCUUUCAAUACAUGGAGCAACAAGCAAGAUAUUCAACCAUCUACGCAGUCGCAAUAUUACCACCAACAACACCACAUACCCCACCUGCCAGUUUCGGAGUGUCCUCCAGCUUCAAUUUCAGGCAAUGACCAUUUUAAUCAUAGCCAAUUGACAAAGCAACAAUCGCAAACUCAAAUGACAGGCCAUCAUUUUCAAAAUCAUCAAUUAAAUCAAAUUCGAACUCCUGAACAGUAUGAACAUUCAGCAAAUUAUUCUAACUUUAGACCAAAUUUUCCACCGCCAGCUAUCCCACCUUCCUUCAAUAAUCAGUAUUCAAAUUCAGGAAUUUCUCCACAUGCAAAUUUCCCUCCAUCUACUCAGUCUUUUCAUCCUCAACCUUGCAUUAAUGCCAGUCAAAAUUCUAUGACAUUUCCACCGCCUAUUAUAAACAGACUGGUACAUCCGCAAUCCAGUUUUAACCCAAAUCAUGAAAGAGAAGUAUUUGAAGUUAAUCAAAGCCCUGUCAAUAAAGAUGGCAAACAACAACAGAGAAUAACAGAUGAAGCAUGGCUUGUUGAUUGGUUAAAUAAGAUUAAAAAACCAGAUGUAAAACCCAUUGCAAAAUCCAAUGACGAGGAAAAGACAUGUUCUUUGAAGAUAAAUGAAGCUCAGAAACAAAUGAGGUGCCUUCUUGUCACAAUGGCAACAUUAAAAAAUCAAUCUGCAGUCUUAGAAGAUUGUGCUCUUAAUGGCAAUUGUGAAGACUGGCAGACAGAAUUUGUGAAGACAGAAACUUUGAAGAAAACACUUAUUGAUAUACAAACCACCUUCAGUUCCCCUCAGAACUUAAAAGAUUUAAAAACAAGUAUUGAUAAAAGAAGAAAGAAAAGGGACAGAUUAAAAAAGAAAAAACAGGCAAAGUUUGAAGAGAAACAAGCAGAGUUAGCACAGAGAGAGAUUUUAGACAAUAAGAUUGACAAAUGGUGUGAAUCGGUCACACAAAAGAUGUUGGAUGCCAAACAGAAAGUUGAAAUGAAAAAAAUGGCUGAUAAAACUCUCAGUGAAGUUCGAAGUAAAAUAAGUGAUACAACAAGGAAACUGGAUUUAUUAAAAGGUUUACAGAGACUUCGUAAAAUAAGAAUGGAAGCUGCAGUACAAAUAGGUCGAUACACACCAAAUGAAAGUGAUUCUGUUUUUGAAACCAAAAUAUCCCAGCUGUAUGACAUUCUAACAGUCCAGAGACAGGUCUAUGAGGGAGAAGAAAAAACAUUGAAGGUCAUAUUAGAAGCAGAACAAGAAGAAACUCAAGGCUUACAGAAAGAAAGAAAAAAACAAAUAAAGGAACAUAGAGAAAGGAAAGCAGAGAAAAGGAAGAAUGAAAUGUUAUUUGGAAAACCUGUAGAGAUAGACGAAACUGAUCCCUUAUUUCCAUUUUAUGAGUUUUAUAAAAAAGCUGAAGUUGAUUUCAACUCUUUCUUAGAAAUAAGACAUAGUUGGGAUUUUUGGAUGGUACCGGAUAAUGUUGUAAGUGGUAGUCGAAUACCAGAUGAAUGGGUUUUACCAUCUAUACCAUUUAAUGAUAGCUGGGCUAAAUACCUUUCUGUGUAAAACUUUGGAAUAAAUAUGUCUACUAUGACAGGGAUAACAUUUUAAUUCCUUCCAUGAAUUGCUUAUUUGUGGUAUAGCUCAAAGAGUCUCAGUUCUACAAAAACCUGCAAAAGAAUCUUGCCGUAAUAAUGUGGAUUAUCAGAUAAAGGAAUAUUUGCUUAGUUUUUGCUCCAAAAUCAAUGAAAUUUAAUGACCAAUAAUAACAUUGUGUAUAUGUAUUGUUAAAUUUUAAUUGAAUUUGGACAUUGAGUUACAACCGAUUUUUAAUAUAUAAAUAAAAUUAUUACUAUUUU